AUGGAUAAAAUACAGAUCACCCUUCUCAGUAUAAUCCUAGGGUUAUUCCUGAUCAUAGUGGUCUACUACAUACAGAACUUUGAACUCAAAAGCACCAAAAAAAAUACCUUCUUGAUCAUCGGAUGCAACAACAGUGGGAAGACUUUAUUGUUCAAUAAAUUGACCCAAAAACCAAUAACCAGCACAGUAUCUUCACUAGAAGCAAACUAUGGAACUAUUCAUCUCCCGUUGAGCCAAGCGUCUAUUGGUAAGCCUUUCCAGCUCAUCGAUUAUCCUGGAUACUUGAAAUAUGAAAAUGUGUUCAGAUCGUUGGUGUCAGAGAUCAACUUGAAAGGUGUAAUAUUCGUGGUUGAUUCAGAAAUUUCCAGUUUUAACAAGCAAAUCAACCUUAUAUGUGUGAAGUUGUUCAGGAUGUUGACCAUCACCGAAAGUGUCCCCAAUGGAGUUGAUUAUUUGAUGGCCGUGAACAAAACUGACUUGUUCAACUCGUUGCCCAUCUCCAAAAUCAAAAGCUCGUUGGAGGCCGAGAUGAACAAAGUCAUAGAGAGCGAAUUGAAAAACAACGAAGACGACUUGACUUUCUGGCUCGACUACAUGCCGUUUUCUUUCGAAAGAACCAAUGGUAACAUCGAGUUCAAGACUGGCAGUGUGUUAAAAGACAAAUAUUCCGACUGGACAAAUUGGUUGGAUGAGAGAGUGGUCAACCCAUAA